AUGGAGGACGCACGCAUCACACACCUUUCCUACGAACAAUCGCCCAGGACGAAGAGGAGGUCUCCAAAGCAGCUUGAUGUGUUGCAUUUUUUUCUCACGCAAGCGCUGGGUGUAGUGCUUGAGGACACUGCACCGCUACUUUUGUGGAAAUUGAUGGGUAAGAGGACCAACGAUGAGAAACAACAGGAUGAACCCCCGUGGCCCAUGAGCAGGCUCCUCGGCUAUCUAUGGGUAGCGGCAUUCAUGAGUUGGUCAGGUCCCGUAUGGCUAUAUCCACAAGCGGCUUCUACUGCACCUCUUGGUCAAAGCAGUAGUUUCCUUCCUUAUAGCAUUAUCAAAGCAUGUAAAUCGGGCGAUAUACGUGCGGGCUGGGUGGUGUUUUGUUGA